GGGAACCUCCACAUACCCUGGAGACACAGUGAUUUAGCACCACCACCAGGAAUUGGCCUCUUAGCUCUGUGCUUGUCUCCAACAAGGCUGGAGUAAGUCCCUUUAUAAGCUUGGCCCUCCCCUGGAAUCUAAAGCCUUCUCAGUCUUCUGAAUCAGCCUGCGAAGGACACGCAGAACCGCUGUAUGGGCUCAGCUGCCAGUACAGCUUCACCUUCACCCAGUUCCACCUUCUUAGUGCCAGCUAUGAGUUCCUGCAACUUCACACAUGCCACCUUUGUGCUUAUCGGUAUCCCAGGACUAGAAGAAUCCCAUUUCUGGAUGGGCUUCCCACUCCUUUCAAUGUAUGCUGUGGCUCUGUUUGGGAACUGCAUCGUGGUCUUCAUCGUCAGAUCAGAGCGCAGCCUGCACGCUCCCAUGUACCUCUUUCUCUGCAUGCUGGCAGCCAUCGAUCUGGCCUUGUCCACAUCCACUAUGCCCAAGAUCCUUGCCCUCUUCUGGUUUGACUCCCGGGAGAUUAGCUUUGAGGCCUGCAUUACCCAGAUGUUCUUUAUCCAUGCCCUCUCAGCCAUCGAAUCCACCAUCCUGCUGGCCAUGGCCUUUGACCGUUAUGUGGCCAUCUGCCAUCCACUGCGCCAUGCUGCAGUGCUCAACAAUACAGUAACAGCUCAGAUUGGCAUGGUGGCUGUGGUCCGUGGGUCCCUCUUCUUUUUCCCACUGCCUCUGCUCAUCAAACGACUGGCCUUCUGCCACUCCAACGUGCUCUCACACUCCUAUUGCGUGCACCAGGAUAUGAUGAAGUUGGCCCAUGCAGACACAUUGCCCAAUGUGGUCUACGGUCUUACUGCCAUUCUGCUGGUCAUGGGUAUGGAUGUCAUGUUUAUUUCCUUGUCCUAUUUUCUGAUAAUAAGAACGGUUUUACAACUGCCUUCAAAGGCAGAGCGGGCCCGGGCCUUUGGAACCUGCGUGUCACACAUUGGAGUGGUUCUGGCCUUCUACGGGCCACUGAUUGGCCUCUCAGUGGUACACCGCUUUGGAAAUAGCCUUGAUCCCAUUGUGCAUGUUCUCAUGGGUGAUGUCUACCUGCUACUGCCUCCUGUGAUCAAUCCCAUUAUCUAUGGUGCCAAGACCAAGCAGAUCCGAACACGGGUGCUGGCUUUAUUCAAGAUCACCUGUGACAAAGACCUUCAGGAUGUGGAAGGCAAGUGACCCUUACCAGUGUACCUCACCUUAUCUGUACUGUUUGAUUUAUAUAAUGUUACCUAACACUAGCUUAAUUCCAGUUUCCGAUAAGCACAUUAGUGUAUUUCUCUGGCUGGAAUAGUGAACUAAAGUAUGGUCCAUCUACUUCAUAGAAUAUUGUGUGGAAUAAUACAUAUCAAUGGAAUAUUAUGUGGUUUAAAGACUGCUAUAAAAUAAAAUAUGGUUAUAA